GAAUUUUUUAUGUCAUUUUAAUAAGUUCAUGUCAAAAUUUCUGUGUAAAAUUCAACAAAUUUUCGAACCAAUUUAUUAGAAAAAGUCCACAAAAUUUCCGUAAAAAUAUCAUGCCAAUAUGAGUGACGAAGGUGACCAUGAAACCCCAACAGAUUCACCGAUAGAUAAAUUAGACGAAAUAAAGUUUUACUCAAAGCUAGCUGAUCCACUAUUGAUUGCACUACCAUGCGGGACUGAUAGAGCCAGGGCCUCAGCAUGGGUUGAACGUCUAGGAGACACCACAUUAGCUGAAGAAUCCCUAAGAGUAAACUAUCUAAAACUCCUGAUCUUUGUUCUGCAGAGAGGACAAUUGAUUGGCAUUUUCGCUGAAGAUCCCGCCGAAUACACAGAACUUGUCGACUUUACUGCAAACUUCAACAUAAACGAUUUUGCAAGAUGCAUGGUGGAAAGCGCAGAAAAACUGCGAAUAGAAGCCAUAGAAAACGAGAUGAACGGUAAUGUUAGUUUAACGCCAAUGCAAUCUGAUUUUUCGGAGGACAAAAAAGAAUAUUGUUCCUCCCAAGACAUAAUAAAUUUUGGAGUACACACAUACUAUGCAUUUUCUGGAGAACCAUUUACUAGAUGGCAACAAGCCAGCAAGGCUUUAGUUCCAGAACAUUAUAUUAUCAAAGAUGUGCAAGGAAAAGUUUGUGUUUGCGAUCCUGCUGAAGAGCCAAAAGAAUGUCAAGUCCCUAAACCAGAAGAUAAACGUAAACGUUACGGCAUGAUACCGCCUGUCCAUCCGAUCGGCAAAGUGGAGGAAGAGAAGAGGGACGUUCCGCAUCCGCUUUGGGGCUCGUACAUUAUGGAUCUGAAGGAACGGGCCACGAUGAAGUCCACGAAAAACAGCUGCCUGGCCAAGGACGCGGCCGGCUACGCGGCCACGCGUUCCGCCGAGCUGGCCGACUCUUUGGGAAAACAGUUCGACGACAUCCAAACGCGAUUGGACAGCAUGAAGCAGGAAGUCGACGGCUGUUCGGGGACAGUGAACCUGUGCAGCAAGAAGAACAGAAGACCGUCGAGGUAUUACGGCGAGGAUGAAAUUCAUACUCCCGAAAGGCUUUAUGGAGGAGGUCUCGAUAGCUAUACAAUUGAAAUGGAUGAUGAUGAUCAUCUUGAAAGGCUUUAUGGAGGAGGACUCGAUAACGACACCAUUGAAAGUGUUAACAAGUCUUGUUCCGAAAUGGAACAGCAGAUCAAUCAGUUGAUCAAGAAGUUACGAGCAAACGAUGAUAAAAAGAAAAAAGGCAAACCCAAAAUGGAAAAGGCUUGCAAAGAUUCUGAAAAUACGGACACGGAAGCUUCAGAUGAGGACACUCCAGGUAAGGUCCUGCUUAUGGUCCUCAACUGCAUUAAAACAAAAGUCUCAAACGCUGGCUUUGGUCGUUUCUGGGCCAGGGCCAGGGCUAGGGCCAGGGCCAGGGCUAGGGCUAGGGCCAGGGCCAGGGCUAGGGCCAGGGCUAGGGCCAGGGCUAGGGCCAGGGCUAGGGCCAGGGCUAGGGCCAGGGCUAGGGCCAGGGCCAGGGCUAGGGCCAGGGCUAGGGCCAGGGCUAGGGCCAGGGCUAGGGCCAGGGCUAGGGCCAGGGCUAGGGCCAGGGCCAGGGCCAGGGCCAGGGCUAGGGCCAGGGCCAGGGUUAGGGUUAGGGCCAGGGCCAGGGUUAGGGUUAGGGCCAGGGUUAGGGCCAGGGCCAGGGCCAGGGCCAGGGCUAAGUUGAUAUCAACGCAUAUAUGGGUUCCUGGGAGAAUGCCCCAGUACCCACAGGUGCCCCCUUCGAAAAUUCCACAAUACCAACAGCACGUGGACAGAAUUCAAGAUGUCUAUCAAAGACAGGCGCAACAGGGCCCUUGCAAUUUGCCUGUUCCACAGGCAGGGCCGCAGCGAUUCAACCAGUCGGCCUACGAGCAGCACGUGGGCAGGAUUCAGCAGUCGUGUCAGCCUAGCGGGCCUAGCGGGCCCUCGCGACUUCCCGUUCCGCAGCAGCAAGGCCUGAAUCAGCCCGCCUUCGAUCAGCACGUCAACCGGGUUCAGCAAUGCUAUCAAAACCAAAGCGGACCCUCCACCAGGGCAGUUCCGCAGCCCCAGCCGUUGAAUCAGGGCGCUUUCGAUCAGCACAUCAACAGGGUUCAGCAAUGCUAUCAAAACCAAAACAGACCGCCCAACUUGCCAGUGCCGCAGCCCCAGGCGUUGAAUCAGGGCGCUUUUGAUCAGCACGUCAAUAGGCUUCAGCAAUGCUAUCAGAACCCGAGCGGGUCUGCUGGUUUGCAGGUUCCACAGCCGCAAGCGCUGAAUCAGCAAGCCUUUGAUCAGCACGUCAGGAGAAUGGCGCCAGCUGAUUGUGGUCCGUCCAAGCGGCCAGUACCUCAACCUCAGCCUUUAAACCAGCAAGCUUUUGAACAGCAUGUUGGACGAAUGCAGGGGGCACCACCAGGUUGUUACAAUCCUAGUGAGGGUGCGCAGCCGCAAUUCAAUCAAAACGCCGUUGAUAGACAUUUGGAACGAAUGCAGACGGGCUAUAUGGCGAACCUGAAAUCCCAAUACCAAUACGCUAAUCAGUAUGAAAAACAAUGCCCUGACUACAACUUUCCAAUUGUCGAUCGCGACUGUGCUCAAAGGCCACCAGAGGCUCCUUACAAUGCCGAAGCUGUUCAGCAACACGUGGAGCGCAUCAAAAGCUGUUCCAACGUGCCGCAGCCACCUCCGCCAUCUAGAAUUCCUCAACUCGCACCUGGAAAUUUUGAUGCAUACCGAAGACCCCCCGGAAGGUUGCAGGCCUACAAUGCAGCUCCACCGCCUGGAAAUUUAAAAAGAGACUAUGGUCAAGGUCUAGGCUCAAAUCAACAAAUGUGUCCACAACCACCAAAUCCCUCCUCUUGUCCUCCUUGCCCACGAAGCUCCCGUGGAAGAAAAACUGCAAGUCCUUCUCCUUAUUUAUACGAUGUUUCUAGAAAAACACCACCACAACGCAAGAAAAUACAAUCACCUGCCCUUUCAAUUACACCAUCGACCUCCCAAAACGCAGAUUUAACAGAAGAUUUCAAUUUUGACGAAAGUAUUAACAAAUAUCUUGAGGAAGAUAUCGAUAUCGAUGAAUACGUUAAACAACAAGAAAAAGAAGACUUAGAGGAACGCAAACGCGUAUGGAAUGUGGGCUCUCCAAUAGAGGGUUUCGAGGUACAAGAUACUCCAUUAGACGAUAGUGCAGCCUACUAUGAUGAAUGGUUAUGUAAAAAACUUGGAAUAAAGACUUUGGAAGAAGAGGAAAGAGAUCUAGCGAAACUACUUGCAGGGGGUUCCCCCAUGUCAGACAUAUCGGAAGGGGAAUCUCCUGGUCGUUUACCAACUGCGCCCAUGUUACGAUCUCCCUCGCCACAGCGGGGAGAUUACAUGCCUGACAGACCAGAAUUCCUGAACUAUUGGGAAGAAGAAGAAAGACAAAGACUAAUAGAUGAAGAGGAAACAAGAAAAAUUCUAAUGCGUAAUCAAAGCGGAAAAAAAAGUUCCCCAUCAAAGACCCCCCAAGCUUCAGGUUCCAAGUCCUCCCCUUUUAAAAAGACUUCACCAAAAAAAUCCAAAGCUUCCAUUCCCAAGCCUUUUAAGUCUAAACUAUCUAUACCCAAGCCUUCACUUUUAUCAACACUUCCAUGUCCAGUUGCCUCAACCUCCUCGAAAGCAUCACCGGUUUCAAAGCUAUCGCCUCGUCGUUCGUUGACUCCGCAAGGAGAUUACAUGUCCGAAAGACCAGAAUUCAGAAACUAUUGGGAAGAAGAAGAAAGACAAAGACUUAUAGAUGAAGAAGAAACAAGAAGAAUUCUAAUGCGCAAUCAAAACGACAAAAAAAGUACCCCAUCAAAGACCCCCCAAGCUUCAGGUUCCAAGUCCUCCCUGUCUAAAAAGACUCCACCAAAAAAAACCAAAGCUUCCAUUCCCAAGCCUUUUACGUCUAAAUUAUCUAAACUUUCUAAACCAAAGACUUCACUUUUAACUGCACGUCAAUCUCUGUCUCCAAAACCUGUGGUUUCCAAAUCCUCAGGUUUAACUCCCUGUGAAUUAGAAGUUGCUCCCACUUCAUCGAAAGCAUUACCAGUUUCAAAGCUACCAUUCUUUAAAUCGCAGACUGAUGUAAAACAAUCUCCUGUUUCAAAAGUCCCCCCUCCAGCAGAACCAGUGCCACCUACAAAAAAACCGUCUAUUGGUUUAAAAGUCCCCUGUCCAGCUGGUUCAUCCAAGCAGUUAUAUUCCAAACAAGAGUCAAAGCUACCAGCUAAAAAGACACAAAAUAUAAAAAAACGUACUUUUAGUUCGAAGGCUCUUCCUCAAACCGGUCCGUACCCAGAAGAUGUUUUGUCUCAGAUAUCUGCCUAUCAACCACCAAAACCAGGAAGAGGUGGUGUAGCCGGACCCUGGUCGCCCACAAUUCCGUGGGAAGCAACGCCUCCAGAUUGUAAACCAAAGUUAAUGGCUCGCACACCGCCAUUGUUUAGUCAGGAUGCCCGAGUGCGUAAAGCGUCUCAGCAGUUAAAAUACCAACCAACGGAUUUUAAUUACAAACCUCAAAAAUGGGAUUUAUGGAUAGAGGGACCGGAGUAUUUUAAAGAAAAUCCGCCAGAAAAAAUGCAAUUUCAUGAAGAUUUAAAUAUUUUGAAAAGAAGGGACAGAGGAUCUUUGAACUAUGAAGGAAAUCAAGAAGAACCUUGGAAAAAGCUAAUUAGACAAAAACAAGAUGAAGCCGAGAAAAAAGCCCAAAGUUGUUUUUUAGCUGGAGCUGAAAAAUCGCCCGUGGCUUUAGCUGGGAGUCCCAGUGAACCAGAAAAAAUGCCAACAAAAAUGCCAACACGCCUAUUAAAAAGGUUGAAAGAACUGGAAUAUCAAAAAGCUUGCAGAAAAGCUGAAAAAGAUAAUUUGCCAAUUCCACCACGACCAGAUUUCAACAAUAUGGAAAGAACUGCGUCAGCAGCACUUCCUGUUAAAACGCCAUCAAGAGUCAUAGCACCUGGUCCUCCUGUACAGACCCAGUAUAUCAUGGACGAAGCAACAAGACAAAUGCAGAGCAGAGCUCUAAUCCUAGCGACUAAAAGGGCGGCGGCUAUGGAAGAAACGGCCUCAAAAGCAGAAGCUGAAGCUGCAGAAGCUGCUAAAGUGUUAGUCGAAGUAAAGUCUAUGCCAGUAGCUCCUAUUCCUAAUUUUGAACCAAUGAUGCCAUCUCCAGAUGCCGCACAAUUUAGGGCGGAAGCUGCCGAAGCAGCUUCAAAUAGAGCUAUGGCGAUGGCGACCGUAUCGGCUGAUGCAGACGCUGAAGCGUUUAAAGAAGAUCUUAAAGUUAAGAAAGCAUUGAAAAAAAAGACAGAAAAAAAGGCAGCACGUGCAAAUGCCCUGGUUGAAGAACUGAAAAAAUCGGAAGACUGUACAUGUCAAGAAAUAAAGGAAGCCCAGGCGAAAGCUAUUAAGGCAGACGCAGCUGCUAAAGAAGCCGCCUCAAGUGAGGCGGAAGCAAAAAAAGUUGCCCUCAACGCUAGAAGGGCGGCUGCUAAAACACUAGCCGAAAAAACUCGAAAAGCUCUAAAACAAAAAGCUGAUAAAGUUAAAGCUAAGGAAGCUGCAAAAAAAGCAGAUAAAAAAGCUAAACAAGCUCAUGACCAGGCUUAUAAGGAAGCCCAAGAUAUCUUUAUAGAAGCUGUGAAUAUUGCUUCGUAUGCGGAAGAGGCUGCUGCUCAAGCGGAAACAGACGCUGCCGAGAUGGCCGUUCAGAUGUCCCCUAGGCUACCAUCAAAUAAUCAACCUUGCGGAAGGCUCUUAUCACCUACGCCCUAUGAAAUGGCUAUGGAAAUGACGUGUGCAGCUCAAGCGGCAAUUGAAAGAGCCGAGCAAGCGGCUCAGGAAGCUUCGAAACUUGAAGCGGCCUCUAACACUUGCCCUUGUUCGCCACCGGAAGAUGAAGAUAGAGUGGCUGCAAGAAGAGCUUUAAUUGAAAGAGCCACCUCAAUCGUCGAAGGAUCAACACCACCUAGUGCCUCCGUACCGACAGUCCAACAACCCAAAACACCACAAAUUAAACGCAAAAAGAAAAAGGAAGUUGUUGUAAGAACAACAAAGUCUCAAAAGCUAAAAGAAAAAGAACGUGAAAAAGAACGUCAAGCAGAAAAACAAAAAAAGGAGAGUGUUAAACCAACAAAAACGCCGAAACAAAAAAAAAGUAAAAAAGAAUCUCAAUCGAAGAGUGAAAAAGAACCAGGUCAGGAAGCAUUUGACCAAUACUGGCAAGAAGAAUUGGCACAAAGAGAGAAAGAUAGGGAGUACAUGGAACAAAUGGGAUAUGAUAGGACACCAGGCUCUCCAGAAACAGAGCCUUGCGAAAAUCAGCCCCAAGUUAAAACCCCACAGACACCUAGGACUUCUAAGACUCCAGAUUUUACCCCUUUUAAAUUUGAUUUUGAAACUCCCCCAAAUUUAAAGACAACUCCAAAAACAUCUAAAACGCCAAGACCGCCAACAUCUCCUCUUUUAAUUAACAUGGAAGAAGACUAUGUAGACUUGAAGGACCCACUUCAAACUGAGGCUCCUGUUAAACUUGAAAUACCACUUAAUGUCUUUAAUUUUUCCGAUCAAAAGGUUAAUAAAAGUCUUAAGAAAAAGUUGGAUUCGUCAAUGAAUACAAGAAGAGAUUAUUUUAUUCAGUGCAAGAAAAAAAAGACCCAACCGGCAAAGUACGGACAUUUACAACCAAUUCGUCCGGACUUGACUUUGAAUAGAGAAAAAAGAGAAAAACUAAGAAAACAAGCUAAAUCAUCGCCUUACCAUUGGUCACCUGAAAAACUUCCAUUUUCGCCAGUAAAAAUGGAAAGGCUAGACCCCUUUAUUAAAGCACAAAUGGAGCAGGAUGAAAAAUUUCAAAUCGAGGACAAACAAUUUAAAAAAAGUCUUACGGAUCACCCCUAUGAAGAAUACCGCAAGGGAAUGAGAAAAUAUCAUAUAAAACCUAUUUUAGAAAAGGUUAAAGAAAUGCCGUUCGAAAACUUGUCUGGUGACAUAUCUCAACUACUUAAACAAAUACAAAUUGAUAAAAUGAAAAAAGAGAGUCAGCGAUCGCCAACACCAAAAAUUUCGACGGCUCAGGAGGACAUCUCACCCAUUCAACCGACAGUCCAACAAGCCAAAACACCCCAAAUUAAAGCCAAAAAGAAAAAGGAAGUUGUUGUUAGAAAAACUAAAUCCCAAAAACUUAAAGAAAAUGAACGUGAAAAGGAACGCACAGCUAAAAGAGACCGGGAACUUUGUGAGCAGCAGCAAAAACAAUGGGAGGAGGAAGAUAAGGAGAAUAAAGCGUUAAGAAAAAAACAACCCGUUCCUUCGCUUAUUAAAGCUAAGAAAAAGAAGGAAGUGGUUGUAAGAAAAACAAAGUCUCAAGUGCUAAAAGAAAAGGAACGCGAAAAGGAACGCCAAGCUGAAAAAAGAGAAAAGGGUAGUGUUAAACCAACAAAAACGCCGAAACAAAAAAAAGAAACUCAAUCAAAGAUUGAAAAAGAACCAGGUCAGGAAGCAUUUGACCAAUACUGGCAGGAAGAAUUGGCACAAAGAGAAAAAGAUAGCGAGUACAUGAAACAAAUGGGAUACGAUAGGGCACCAGGCUCCCCAGAAACAGAGCCUUGUGAGAACCAGCCCAAAGUUAAAACCCCAAAAAAAACAAAAAAAAGAGAUAGAGGGAAAGGUAAAGCACCUAAGGCACCUAAGACCCCAGAAUUUAAACCUUUUAAAUUUGAUUUCGAAACUCCCCCACAAUUAAAGACCACUCCAAAGACACCAAUAGCACCAAGAUCCCCAACUUCUCCUCUCUUAAUAAACAUGGAAGAAGACUAUGUAGACUUGAAGGACCCACUUCAAACUGAUGCUCCUGUUAAACUUGAUAUACCACUAAAUAUGUUUAAUUUCUCCGAUAAAAAUGUUAAUGAAAGCCUUAAGAAAAAGUUGGAUUCGUCAAUGAAUACAAGAAGGGAAUAUUUUCUUCAGUGCAAGAAAAAAAAGAGUCAACCGGGAAAGUACGGACAUUUACAACCAAUUCGUCCGGACCUGACUUUAAAUAGGGAAAAAAAAGAAAUACUAAGGAAAAAGAAACAAGCUGCGCGUCUUAAGGAUCACCCCUACGAAAAAUACAGCAAGCCAAUGAGAAAAUAUCAUAUAAAACCUAUUUUGGAAAAGGUCAAAGAAUUACCGUUCGAAGACUUGUCUAAUGAUGAAAUAUUUCAACCAUUAAAACAGUUAGAAAGUGUUAUGACCAAUCGACCAAUGGCCACACCUUGGACUGAUGACGACACAGAAUUUCUCUUGUUGGAACAACAGUUCCAACAAGAGGAAUGCGAUAAAAUUGAAGAAGAUAGACGAAUGUUGACGGCUCAGGAGGACUUCGUGCCCAUUCAACCAAUAGUCCAACAAGCCAAAACCCCCCAAAUUAAAGCCAAAAAGAAAAAGGAAGUUGUUGUAAGAAAAACUAAAUCCCAAAAACUUAAAGAAAAUGAACGUGAAAAGGAACGCCAAGCGAAAAGAGACCGAGAACUUUUAGAGCAGCAGAAAAAACAAUGGGAGGAGGAAGAUAAAGAGAAUAAAGCGUUACGAAAAAAGCAACCCGUUCCUUCGCUUAUUAAAGCUAAGAAAAAAAAGGAAGUGGUUGUAAGAAAAACAAAGUCCCAAGUGCUAAAAGAAAAAGAACGCGAAAAAGAACGCGAAAAGGAACGCGAAAAGAAACGCCAAACUGAAAAAAGAGAAAGCAAAACUCCGAAAGACAAAAAAAGUAAAAAAGAAUCUAAAUCAAAGAGUGAAAAAGAACCAGGUCAGGAAGCAUUUGACCAAUACUGGCAAGAAGAAUUGGCACAAAGAGAGAAAGAUAGGGAGUACAUGGAACAAAUGGGAUAUGAUAGGACACCAGGCUCUCCAGAAACAGACCCUUGCGAAAAUCAGCCCAAAGUUAAAACCCCACAGACACCUAGGAUUUCUAAGACUCCAGAAUUUACACCCUUUAAAUUUGAUUUUGAAACUCCCCCAGAGUUAAAGACACUUCCAAAAACACCAAGAUCAUCAACGUCUCCAAGACCGCCAACAUCUCCUUAUGUAGACUUGAAGGGCCCACUUCAAACUAAGGCUCCUGUUAAACUUGAAAUACCACUUAAUGUCUUUAAUUUUUCCGAUCAAAAGGUUAAUAAAGGUGCUAAGAAAAAGUUGGAUUUGUCGAUGAAUAAAAGAAGAGAUUAUUUCCUUCAGUGCAAGAAAAAAAAGAUGGAACCGGCAAAGUACGGACAUUUACAACCAAUUCGUCCGGACUUAAGUUUGAAUAGACAUAAAAAAGAAAAACCAAGGAAAAAGAAACAACCUACGUUAAAACCUGAAUCACCGCCUUACCUUUGGACACCUGAAAAAUUUCCACAAGAAUUCCUUUCACCAUAUCCGGAAGAAAGUUUGGAAACUGAUAAUGAAGCUGCAACAAUUUUGUCAGCAAUUAAAAGUCCUCCAAGUGCAAAACAAAUCUGUUCUAAUGGUCAAUCCAAAUUAAACGAUAUAAAGUCUGAAGUAACGGAAAAAUUUAACGAGGCAAAUAAUCAGAUGUCUGCAAUUUUGGGAACGUCAGCAAGGCGAUCUCCUGUUGCUCAAUCUGCAGAUUCAAUAGAUAAUUUAAAUGCUUGUAAGUGUGCGGCAUCCAGUGUUAUAACAGUUAGUUCAGAGUGUUCAGUUAAAUCAGUUUCCGAUUUUCCAAAAUUAAUAAAAAAACAUCAAAAUGCCAUUAAAAGAGCAUUCAGCUGUGGACAUGAAGAAAAGGUUGUGUCUAGUAACUUUAAAAUAGACGUAACCAGAAAAGAUAUUUUAACUCUUAAGGGGACUGCGUGGCUAAAUGAUAAAAUCAUUGAGUAUUAUCUAAAUAUGAUAGAAGAAAGAAGCCAAGAAGGCCUAGGUCCAAAAUGUUUUACCCUAAAUACCUUUUUCUACAUAAAACUGCAGACAAGUGGUCCAAGGUCCGCUAUGAAGUGGACGAGAAAGAUUGACCUAUUUUCUUAUGAUUUGGUCUUUAUUCCAAUACACAUUAAAGACCAUUGGGCGCUGGUAGUAAUUGACUUUAAAUGGCUUAAAAUCAAGUACUAUGAUAGUUUGGGCAAAAAAAAUCAAAAAUGCCUUGAAUUAAUUUUAAACUUUUUAGCGGUUGAGUAUAAAACGUUUAAAAAAACCUGUCUUAACACAAGCGAUUACUUAUUAGAACAUGCUACUGCUCCCCGUCAAAAGAACAGUUAUGACUGCGGAGUUUUUGCUUUAACGAUAGCUGAAUUUAUAAGCAGAGAUAUAAGAGAACUUCCCUUUAACCAAAAUGAUAUUCCCUAUUUGCGUGAACGAAUAGCUGCAGAAAUACUCUUCGGAAAAUUAUUAACGCAAUAUAAGCGAAGACAAUGAUUACUGAGGCUGUCAAUGUUUCGUUUAAUGUAACAAUGAUUGUGUAAAAGUACCUAAAUAAAGUUUUUUAAUAUCACAA